CGAUCAGCAAAAGAGCAAUUACAGCCUAUUCCUUUAUCUGUACGGAUAUGAUCUGCCUAUCGUAAAAAGUGCCAACUGUUAAUCCAAAUACACAAUCUUCUGCAAAGUUAAAAGUUGAACUGGCAGCUCCAUAAGCAAUGCUAAGCCACAUGGACUCGUUCAAUUUGUUCGCGACGUACGGUAUUUUGAAUAUCACUCUGUAAGAGCGAGAUCUACAUAAAGAUGGACCCUCUUGACCCCGAAUACGACCCCGCCGCACCACGCACAAGACCUCCACAACGGCAGCGUCCGCCACGUCAACUGCCAGUGUCGCAGCCCGGUGCUGCCAGUCCGGGAAACGGCCAGCUUCCCAUUCGCCCCCCACCUCCUCCGCCAGGCCCUCCUCCUGUCCAUCUGGCUUGGUCAGAGCAUCGAGAUCCGAAUGGGUCUUUCUACUACUACAAUUCUAUCACAAAAGAAAGCAGAUGGGAACGACCAGCCGAAUACCGACCACCUCCACCGCCGCCGCGACCACCUAUGGCUGGAGCGCCCGCUCAACAAAUUCUCCAGACUUCCAAGCAACUGAAACCAGCAGGAACAGACGAAAACUCGGAGAGAAAGGCUACACCGCCUAGUGCCCCUGCCAGCGAGCAUCCCAUUGGCAUGAAGAAGCUUCCAUCCACUAAAUGGACAAUUGUACUCACGAGCAAGGAUCAUGAAUUCUUUUAUAAUAUGGAAACCAAGGAAUCCGUGUGGGAUAUGCCCGAUGAAAUUGGUGAUUUGAUUGGACAGUUGAUUGCAGAGGCGAUGGGAGUAGACAUCGGCGAGGAUGGUGAUGAAUUUCAUUCCGAGGCUGAACCGGAGAAUGAGCCGAAAGAGGUGAUGGAUGAAGAGGUCGACGUGAAUGCUACUGGAACCGCAUCAAAACGAAAGGCGGAAGAUAAUGAGGAAGCAGAGGGCGUGGCAAAACGGAGAAAAGAGGAUGAGGCUCCAGAGCCUUCUGGAGAUGAAAUUAAAGCAGAAGCUUUGACACAGGAACAAAAGAAUGAAGAGUUUACAAAACUGUUGCGCGAAAUGGACGUAUCGCCGUAUUCAACUUGGGAAAAGGAACUUCCUAAAAUCAUUCAUGAUAGACGAUAUACAUUGAUUGGCACCCUGAAAGAAAGAAAACAAGUUUUCGAGCAGUACUGCAAAGUUCGGGUAGUAGAACUCCGCGAAGAGAAGAAGCACAAAGUGAAGGAUACGAAAGAGGCGUACUUGUCGCUUUUGAAAGACGAAGUCACUUAUCGCACACGCUGGGACGACUUUAGCCGCAAGUUCAAACGAGACGAGCGAUUUGCGCGGUUUGAUGCCAAAGAACGUGAACCCCUUUUCAAAGCACAUAUUGCGGCGUUGAAAGGAAAUGAGCUAGAACGCAAACGAUCGGAAACCCGCGCUGCGAAGGACGGCUUUAUUCAGCUGUUGAGAGAGACGAAAGAGGUCGACGUCGACGCAAGCUGGAGAAGGAUCAAACGGCUGAUUGAAGAUGAUCGCCGGUAUCAAGCUGUGCGAUCAUCUGGAGAGCGUGAGGAGAUUUUCCGAGAAUAUAUCCGAAAACUGACAGAAGAGGAUGAGGAACAUCAAAGGCGGCUGGAGAAAGAGAGAAAGGAACGGGACAGAAAGGCGAGGGAGGAAGCAAGUCUUCGUGAGCGUGAAGCGCAAGUGCGCCGGGAACAAAGUCGGUUGAAUAGAGAAAGGAACAUGCAUAGGGAAUCCCUUCAAAAAGAAGAUGCGACAACUUUGUUCCAGACCAUUCUAGUUGAUUUUGUGCGUAACGCCGAUGCAAAGUGGAGAGAUGCACGUUCAUCCUUGGAGCGUGAUUCACGUUGGGAUAGAUGUCGCGCUCUUGACGACAUGCAGAAAGAACGUUUGUUUUCCGAUCAUUUGGCGCGUCUACAAGAGAAACGGCUAGCCGCCUUCCAUUCGGCCUUGAAAGAUACCACUGAUCUGACUACCACAUGGGACCAGGUUCGCGGCUGGAUAUUGCAGGAUCCACGUGCGCGCAAAUUGGCGUCUUCCGACGAUCUUGAUGAACUUGAAGACGUCGUAAAGCGAACGUUUGAAAGGUUUCAAGCCGAACGAAAGGAAAAGGCUCAAAGCGAUCUUUUAGAACUCUUACGCGAAAACAAUUUUGUAAAGUUCCACGUUAAGCAGGCGGUUGUUGAAACUCGAGCAAAAUCGUUGGAGAAGGGCGAAGGUGAACCAAAGGAAGGGGAUGAAUGGGGUCACAUCAGUCUGGAGGAGAUUAUGAAGGUUUUGAUGGAGGACAAGCGGUACAUUCAACUGGACGCAUAUGUGGAAGAGCGUGAUCGAGCUGUGAAAGAGCACGUCCGAGAUUUGAUAAGAACAUAUAGGGCAGAGCGGGGUGGUACUGUAGAUAGGACACUUGUACACAUGGGAAAGUGAUAAAUGACAUAUCGGUCCCGCAACUAUGAAGAGGAAUGGAUGCGUUGCAGUCCAUUACCAAUGUUCCAGCACGUAUGUACAAGGUCGGUCGCAUUGGAAAUAAAUCUUUCGGUUCAUCAUGA